AUGGAAGAACAAGAAGAAGCGACGGGCGUUGAAAUUGAUGAACGACGAGUCGUAGGAGAUGAAGAUGUUUUGCGAUUUAUGGAUUCCGCAGAUGGCUACUUGACUCUGUUAGAUUCCUUAUCUUCUACUCUUCGCCAGGGAUGGCUGGAUUUAGCGAUUGCUCGGCAUUCGAUGGGAGCUUCAAGAAUCAAUGGUGCUAUAUUGGACCAUAAAUUGCACUCUGCUGCCACUUCAGUUCAAGUAGACCAAGAAGAUGUUGAUUCCUUGGAGGGGCAACCCCGGUUUAUCUUGCAUAAAUGGGCAUCGGUGGGUGAUGGAAAACAGUGUUAUGAGGAGCAGGAAUGGAAAGAGGAUAAGUUGCUAGGGAAAUCUGGCAGUUUACAGCUCCGACAUCGUGGCGAUUCCCAGCUUUAUGAAGAAAAACCCUUUGAGAAUGGAGCUGAACUUGAUGUUGAUGACCAAGUCCAAAAGGAGCGAGCAAAAUCAUUGUCUAUGUUUGGGACUCUGGUUUCCCCAAAGCUUCGAGCUGCCCAGUUAUCGUUUGAGACAGCACUGGAGAUGCUUGUGGAAAUAGCAAACAUGCGAUCGGCGAUGCUAUCCUCAUUUGAUAAAGUCCACAAAGAACUAGAUCACCAAAAAGGAUGA